UUGGUGUGUAUGUAAAGAGCCAACAACACAAAAGCCAAAUACAAAUGCUUAUUGCAGAUUCAGUGUUUGUGUCGCACACCACCGAAGCACACAAGCGGAACUUGUCAGGAUGUCGUCGUCACCGCAGCUGGAGCUUUGCUUUGCUUUGGCACCGCAACAACCAACCCCACCUUCUUCUCACGGCGCCGAGUCCCCGCAGGUUUUGGGUUCCACUUGCAAACGUGACUGACUGAAGCCAUCUUUCCAGCGCAGUCCCAGCUCAUGCUCAUCGCAUCCAUCGCCCUAUGGACCUUCCUUCGUGUCUUCAGCUGUGCCCUCCCUCAGUGCUAGCACCAUGGAAAUGAUUCCCCUCCCCGUGGGACCACCGUGGAAAUCCGCGCCCUGCAGGAGCCUGCCAUCACGAUUCUCUUCUAUCAGUGUUGAUUGCAGCUGCAUCCCGCAUUCGGCGAUCCCGCUGGCUGCGUGGAUCCUGGACUCUUGUCCCCACCUGUUCACCGACACCAGCGGGAGAAUAUGGCCUUUGGUGUGGUCUCGACAGAGUUGCUGUGCUUGGAGGGCGGCAUUUCUUAAGUUUCGAUGUUGGGUGUUGUACAGUCGUGUCGUUGCGUAUCCCCAGGGUUCCUUUCGGUGGUUCCUUGUUUGCCGCGGUAAUGGUGGUGAUUGCUGUCGACGAUGGGAGAGCCAGUCGCACCCGGUGCCAAAAAAAUCCAGAAUUUGCUCAGUGUCGCAGCUUCUCGAAUUUAUCAUGAAGAACUGAAAUUUUUGUGUGAACGAAGACUUUCCCUUAAGGAUCAGAAAGAAUUUCGUUGCUUGCUUUGUGGUCGUUUUACUCCAUUGCAAGUUCCCACUCUGAGAUGAAUUCCAUACUUUAUGGCUCUGGGUGUAGUGAUUAUAUUGAGGCCGACUGCAACGUAUUCAUUUUCACCUACACCAGGUAAGAUUUCAAAUUGAAUCUUUGUUAAUUCUGUGCUUCAAAAUGAUUAGGAUUAAUCUAACAUGUAGAUCAUUUCAACGUAUGUAGAAUCGAUUUCUUACCACAAAAAUUAAAUCAAAAGAAUAUAACAGAAAGAACGCAACCUAACAAUUCUGUCAGCAAAAUCACCAUGUGUUUCACUGCUUUCGGGAGUUGUCGGCAUCGAUAUUCACGAGGUGAGCUGACGGGGCUAGAGAUUACUACAUCCGGUAUUGGAAACGAAGUGAGUCGAAGGCGUAUCCCAAACACACUCAAAAUCCACACAAAGGACCUUACCCUUGACACGAAUAUUCACAACAUCUGUCUAAUUAGAGAUAUUGAUGCAUUGUUAUAUUUAUAAACACUCAACUCUCAAUUGGAAAAGUAACAAUAACAAAAGCAACUUAUGUCAUUGAAUAGUAUUGUAAGAUUUGUAUUAUAAACUCAGAUUUGUCCAACAUAUAAUCAAAGUUUCACAAAGUAUUAUUCUUUUUUU